AUGAAUCAUCUAGAGGAAAAUAAAGAGUGCUUUCCUGAAACCUCCGAAAUAUUGAAGAAUUCCUUUUAUGUAGAUAACUGUGUGACAUCCGUGCGCAAUGAAGAUGAUCUUACCCGAUUCAUUCAAGAAGCAAAGCUAUUGCUUUCCAGGGCUUGUUUUGAUCUUCGAAGUUGGGAAUAUACAAGGGACCUAAGUAGGGACGAGCCAACCGUUCCAACCUCAGGCCGAAAAACUGUCCAGAAAGUGCUCUCAAGGUGUAUAAGAUGCAAAAGAUAUACGAGCAAGAAAAUUGAAUCAAUUCCUGCGCCACUACCAGAAGAUCGUGUACGGGAAACCUUGAUAUUCGAAGUCACUGGAGUGGAUUUAGCAGGGCCGCUUCAUUUAAAGGAUGGGGAAAAGGCCUGGAUCUUGCUUUUUACUUGCGCUGUAUAUAGGGCCAUUCAUUUGGAAUUAAUACAGAGUCUUUCAACUAAUAGAUUCCUUCUAGGUUUUAGAAGAUUCGUCGCAAGACGAGGGCGAACUAGGACUAUAUACAGCGAUAACGGAACAAAUUUUACUGGAACAAAUAAUUUGAUGGGUUCUCUUGAUUGGGACAAGAUUGUCAAUGACGCCUCCGUCUUAAGAAUUCAGUGGAAAUUUAACCCCCCAACAGCUGCUUGGUGGGGCGGAUUUUUUGAGAGCAUGAUUAAGAUGGUGAAGAAGCUUUUAAGAAGAGUUUUAGGAAAGGCAUCGCUUCAUUACGAAGAAAUGUUCACUAUCCUUUGUGACGUAGAAGCCAACAUCAAUUCUAGACCUCUGAAUUAUCUAUCGGAAGAUCCGAAUGAUUUAAUUCCACUGACUCCCUCAAUGUUCAUUCAAGAGACUACAAAGGUAGGAGUUCCCGAUUUGGAUACUUUGGAUAAAAAGAAGCCAAAAGGAAAGGAAUCUAGACAAGUGGAAGUGGGAGAUAUUGUUAUAAUUGAAAGUGAUAUCAAAAAGCGACUAGACUGGCCUUUGGGAUUGGUAAUCGAAGUGUUUACUGGGAAAGAUGGCUGCAUCCGAGUAGUGAAGUUGAAAACAGCUAGUGGGGAACUUGUGCGUCCAGUGCAACGUUUAUACCCCUUGGAAUUAGACAAUGACGAUCCUCGAUUCUCAUCCAAGGUAUCAAAAUAUGUCGUCCACGAACUGAAAGGUGCAUUACUCAAAACUGAAGACUGGUGCAUUCGUUGGCGUGUUUCUAUUAACACCGAAAAGGCUCAUGCUAUUCUGUUCCGCAAAGGCUAA